AUGUCGAGAGUAGUAAUAAAGAACUUGCCUUCGAAAUGUACUGAAGAUACUGUUCGGAAGUUCUUCAAGGAUUACGACCCUAUAACUGAUGUUAGCUUCAAAUAUACGAAGGAUGGAGUAUUCAGAAAGUUCGCCUUUGUCGGAUUUGAUUGCGAUGAAAAGGCCCAAGAAGUGAUUAAGAAGUAUAAUCAGAGUUUCUUCGGCUCUUCUAGAAUUGUGGUAUGUUUUUAUUUGUUUUUUGUUUUAGGUAUUAUAAUACAGAUUUGGUUGAGACUUUUUCAAUUUUCUUCCUCUUUAUGGAAAUGAUAUUUUAGGUGGAAGAAUGUGCUCCUAUUGACGAGAGAAACAGAAUUCGACCAUGGAGUAAGCACAGCAAAGGAUCUACGGCUUAUAAAAGGAUUCAUGGAGAUGACGAUGUUCUGGAGAACGUUAAUGGAAAGAAGUUCAAGAGUAAUAAAGGAAUUUCAUUUAAAUAUGAAAAUGAUCCUUUGUUUGCCGAGUUUUUGAAAGUUAGAGGUGUGAAAUUGGACAAAAAAGAAGAAACAGAAGAGGAGAAUAGUGAAGAAUUUUUGCUUAACGCGAUUGAGACAUAUAAAGGUAUAUAACUUUGUUACAUUUUAUUUAAAAAUGUUUUUAAUUUUGGCAUAAUAUUUGACCUUUAAAAUUCUAAAACUAAUUUCAGGGGACAAAAGUGUGUCACUUAUAUUUCGUGGAUUACCUACAAGUAUAAAGCAGACAAAUCUGAAGGAAUGGUUGAGUCCAAUAAGGAUAAAGUCUUGUUUCUUUGUUAAUGCUGGAAGUGAAGCUUUUGGUUUUGUGCAGUUUAAUCGACCAGGUGAUGCAAAGAAGGCUUUGCAGAGGACGAAUCAGUUUCUUGGAGGUUUUAAGGUAAGGUUUAUUGUCUUACAAACGUUUUGAAGUUUAGGUUUAUUUUGAAAAGCAGUGUUGGUAAAUUUUAUUCUCAUAAAAAUAUUUAUUGGAAGUUUAGGUAAGAAUUUGCAAAUUCCCGGAAGACGCAAAGCCCAAAGAGCAUAAUGACGAGGAAAUGGAAGAUAUUGAUUUUGAAGCUGAAAGAAAGAAGAUAACGGACAAGAUUUUGGACACUGGUCGACUGUUUCUCCGCAACCUACCGUAUGUAUGUACUGGGGAUGAUCUGACGUUUUUAUUCAAGAAAUACGGAGAACUGAUUGACGUUCAAUGUGUGGUUAACAGACAAACAGGCCAAUGCAAGGGAUUUGCAGUUAUCACAUUCAUGUUUCCUGAAAAUGCUUUGACCGCCUAUACUGAACUUGAUGGAACUGUUUUUAAAGGAAGAAUGUUACACAUAUUGCCAGGCGAAGAGAAACUAGAAGAAAGCGGAGAUCAAGGUGGGGAGAAAGUGUUGUCUAAGUUCCAGAAGGAGAAGAACCAGAAGAAAGAAGCUGCUGGGAAGGCGUUCAGUUGGAAUACCUUGUUUUUGGGAGCCAAUGCUGUUGCUGAUACUCUGGCUGAGAAGUUGGCUAUUCAGAAGUCAGACUUUUUAGAAGGAGACGACAAAAACAGGUAUGAUAUUUGUUGAAGCUGAUGGGCAAUUUAGAAUAUAUUUAUGAUCUUUCUACAUUAAGUCAGAGGCUACGUUAACAACAGGUUUAAACGUACUUUUAGUGCUGCUGUGCGUAUGAGUUUGGCUGAAACAAGAUUGGUCAAUGAAACGCGAGACUUUUUGAUUAAAAAUGGAGUUUGUCUGGAUGCUUUCUCAAGACCAGUUACAAAACGAUCAGAUUCUGUUAUGAUUGUUAAGAAUUUAUCUGCUGCGACGGAUUCAGAAGAGUUAAAGCGAAUGUUUGAGAGAUUUGGAGAAAUAAAGAGGUUCUUGCUACCGCCGGGUAUGUAAUUUCCUUUUUAAUGUGUUUUAUUUUUCAUGCUUUAAAAACUUUACUUUAACUUUUAACAUUUAGAGUGCAAAGUGACAGGAUUGGUAGAGUUCAAAUUGGCAGUCGAUGCAAAGAAGGCAUUCAAAGGCUUGGCUUACUCAAAGUACAGGACACUACCUUUAUAUCUUGAAUGGGCACCGUCUGACGUCUUCAAUAAAGAUUCUGAAGAAGAGGUAAAACCAACAGAACCAGAAGUUGGAACAAGCCAAUUGAACAAGCAGAAGAAGCGAGCUUUGAAGUUAAAGGAGAAGUACGGCGAUAAGUUUAACAAAGAAGCAGAAGAUGAUGAUAAUGAAGAGGAAGUAGAUGACGAGGAGGAAGACAAUGCGGCAGAAGAAGAGGAUGUUAAAGAAGAAGUCAAAGAUGAAGUGAAAGAAGAAAAGGAAGAAACUGAUGCUGUAAGCCAAUAUUUUUUUUAUUUGACAGUCUUUAUGUGGUAAUAGCGUUGUAGAUGUUCUGAAGGCAUUAGUUUUUAUAUUACUAAUUGAAUUUUUAUUAUUUACUUAUAGGGUAAUGGUCGCACGUUGUUUGUUAAAAACCUGAACUUUGACACGACGGAUGAAGGACUGAAGAAGUUCUUCUCGAAGGGUUACAAGGUGACAUUAGCUGAAGUGUCAAAGAAGGAAGGCAAGAAAGCAAAGAGUAAGCUAUUGAGUAUGGGAUUUGGAUUUGUGACAUUUGCGAGUGUAGAAGAUGCUGAGAAGGCUUUAAGGAAACUUCAGGUAAGAAUCGUCCGACUAGUUUAAGUUUUAUUGAUUUUUUAAAUAUUUUUGGUACAAAAAGUUGGCUUUUCUAUUCUAAAAUUACUGUAUGUUAUGAUUGCUGAUGAUGUUAUAAAUGUAUUUAUCGAAUUUCGUCUUUAGGGUGCUUUGUUGGAUGGUCAUGCAGUUGAAUUGAAACGAUCACGAAGGACAGAUCUUAUUGAUCAUUCAGAUGAAUUGAAGAGAAAAGAAGUCAACAACCUCAAACAAGGAGAAUGUACCAAGAUAUUGGUACGAAACAUACCAUUCCAAGCUUCUGAGAAGGAAAUCAAGGCUUUAUUCACAUCAUUUGGGGAAAUUAAAUUUGUAAGACUGCCGAGAAAGGUAAGGUUGUUCAUUAUAAGAUUGCGUGGGAACAAAAAGGCACUAUUAGCUCUAGUUUUAAAAGUUUCAUAAUAUAUAGUUGUGUAAUAAAAAAGUUAAAGAAAAAGCUUUGAACAUGUUGUUUUAGGUAGCAUCAGCUUCGAAACAUCGUGGAUUCUGUUUUGUCGACUUUGUAUCGAAAUUGGAUGCAAAAACGGCGUUUGAUGCUUUAGUACAUUCUACUCACUUGUACGGUCGUCGUCUGGUCCUGGAGUGGGCCAAGGAAUCAGAAACGAUAGACGAAAUUAGAGAACGAACAAACAAGAAGUUCAAGUAAGUCUUGAUUUUCAAUUUUUAUUACUUAUAUGUCUGGCAUAUAAAUUACCAUUUUAAUUUAACAAUACAGUGUUAUGACUAGUUACAAAAUUAUUAAACUUGGUUUUUAGUGAUAAACCUGACCGUGGUCCAACAACAAGACGACAGAUCAGAGGCGUCGUGGAAGAAGGAAUGGAGAAAGCGUCGAAACUCGAUUAG